AAUGAGAGUGUUAGUUGCAUAUUCAGUAUCUGCCUUCUAUAGUAGAUGGUGGUAAUUUCAAACGGUUGUAAAUCUAUCCCCAAGCAUAUGCACAUACUUUGAUGCCUUUCUAAAUUUGAGAAAGUAUGUUCCUAAAGUUUUACCAGUUACCACACAAAAGAAGCAUUUUCUGGUCAGAUAGUUUGGGAGAAUACUGGAUGAAACAAAAUUAAACAGUUUAGAGUUGGUUUUGUUCUUGAGGAAUUCUCAGAUAUUUAAAACACUAAGGUAAAUCCUGAAUUUCUAAGGGCGAUGUUAUGGUUCAGAUGUGAGUUGUCCCCUCCAAAUGUUCAUGGUAGACAAUUCAGGAAUGUUCAGAGGUAAAAUGAUCAGAUUAUGAGAACAGUAACCUAAUCAGUGGAUUGGCCCAUUUGAUGGAAUAAUAAUUUAAUUGAAUGGAUUAACUGGGUGAUAACUGUAGGGAAGGUGGAGCAUGAGGAGAGGAAAUAGGUCACUGAGAACAUUUUGUCCAUAUUGCCUGUCUCUGCUUCCUGGCUGCCACGAGCUGAGCAGUUUUCCUCUGCCAUAUGCCUCCACCAUGAUGUUCUGCCUCACCUUGGGCCCAGAGUAAUAGAGUUGGUUGACCACAGACUGAACAUUUGAAAAUUUUAGCCCAAAAUAAAUUUUUCCUUCUUUAGGUUGUUCUUAUCAGGUAUAGUGGGUCACAGCAACAAAAAGCUGACUAACACUUUGGAGGAGGGUGGAGGAUGAUAAAAUAUAUAGAACUUUUGAAACAUAUUUGAUCCUAAAAUCACUUAUUGACUGAAACUCUAGUACAACAUGGAACAAACUUUGGGAAAUGUUAAAUAUUCUAUGAGUUUCAGUUAAACACAUAGUAGAUAUCCCAUUUGUUCUAAAAUAUUUUUAAACAAUAAUAUGCCUUUCCCUAGGGUUUGUUUCCUUCUAUAUAAUGUGUCUCUUCCUUUUAUUUAUUAUUUCAGGACUUAGGUGCUGUUAUUUCUCAUCCUGAAUUUCUGCAGACAGAAAUCAUAGAUUGUUUAAGUCUGACCUCAUAUGUGAGCUGCUCAAUUCCCAUAAUCAUUUUAGCUGUUCUGUUCUAAUCACAUAGUUUUCAAAGUGCAGAGUUUAAAAAAAAAGUUAAUUAACUAUUAGCAAUGAAAACUAGCAUUUAUUGAGUGUAUCCUGUGGACCAUACAUAAUGCCAACAGCUUUACAUAUAACAUACUAUAUUUCAUCACAAUAUUAUGAAGUAGGUAAUAUUAAUAUUCCCAUUGUGCACACAAGAAGACUGAAGAGAGUUUUAAGUAACGUCGUCCAAGUAGGUCUCAUUUUAUGAAGAGGAUUGGGAAUGGGUUUAGAAUUCGUGCUUUACUCUUAGCUAUUAUCAGACAUUGCCUUUCCAGGGUUGAUUUUAUUUUUAAAUAAAUGUAGUGCAACCUCCUGGCCCAGAAUCCAGCCUUGGGUGCUAGCACAGGACCUGCCAUGCUGUAGCCAAUACUCACUUAAAACAGUGAUUAAGCAACUUGACCAAACCAUUUAGGUAGUGAAAGUUUUGAAACUAUUUCCAUAAUAUACACAAAUUUUUCAUCAAGACCAUGCAUGCUCAGCGUACCUAUUGAGUUCUUCCUCUCCUUGAAGAUCGUUUUCACUGGGCUUUUGAGUACCCCAAAUAGAUGAUUUGUCCACCCUACCCCUAUAUCCAUUCUGCCCUUGCCCAAACACACAACAGUCUUAAACCUAUUAACUAAAUUUACCAGCAAAUGGCUAAUGCCUUGGAAAGCAAGAAAGCACUUUUGUUACUUAAAUUUUUUGUUUGUUUGUUUGCUAAUUUUAUUCUUAUUCCUAUUGUUAGGGUGAGGCUCUCAACCCAGGAACCCUUUCAGAUGUCCAGAUUUCUCAAUUUAGACUAAAAACGUCAUCAUAGUCACUGGGUGGGGGCACAGAGCUGGGGACACCCCCAACUGUUCCGCAGUUACGUUAGUCCCACGCGCUGUCCCAAGCCUUGGCGGUUGGAAGCACCAGGUGGUUUUUAGGAAACCCGGUCCAUCAGAGGACUUUUAUGGGAUACACGUGACCACCUCCCCCAGGGGGCCUUUUAGAUCUGCAGGGAGAGGCUGCGUCCUGGAAAAGUGGAGAGUGGCCAAAAUUCAUGUGGGUUGCUGGGUCGCGGAUGGUUGGACGCCACCUAGCAAAGACUUUAGCGACUGUAUCUCUCUCUGUGACCUUAGCCUCUGGGGCAGUCAGACCCAGCAGCUGCCCCAGCAUCCUGGCCAGCGGGAGCCCAUUUUCCUCUUGUGAGUUUCCUCUAAACUUCAUCAUGUUGGGUUGGAACUUGACUGAGGAGAACCUGCACAAAAAGUCCAGGACAUCUCCAUACCCUGGCUCCAAUGUAGAGCGAAGCAAGGUCCCCGAUGAGAAAGUGAGCUGGUUGGUUGAGUGGCCAGAGUACAGCCCUGUGGAAUACACUGCUGGCGCUGUUUUGGCUCUGCCUGCAUGGGCAGACCCCCCGGUGGGUGAAAGGAACUUCUCUCCCAAAUUCAAUGAAAAGGAUGGGCAUGUAGAGAGAAGGAGCCAGAACGGCUUAUAUGAAGUUGAACAUGGUAGACCCAGAAAUCCUGCCGGUCGGACAGGGCUGGCUGGCAGAGGGCUUUUGGGUCGUUGGGGCCCCAAUCAUGCCACUGAUCCCAUCUUAACCAGGUGGAAAAGGGACUCCAAGGGCAACACAGUUAAUCAUCCUAUUUCUGGGAAAAACAUGCUGCAAUUUGUAGCCAUCAAAAGGAAGGAUUGUGGCGAAUGGGCAAUCCCAGGGGGGAUGGUGGAUCCAGGAGAGAAGAUCAGCACGACGCUGAAGAGGGAAUUUGGCGAGGAAGCCAUGAACUCCUUACAGAAAUCUCGAAUAGAAAGGCAGGAGCUGGAGAAAGACUUGCAUAGACUAUUCAGCCAGGAGCAUUUUGUGGUCUAUAAAGGCUAUGUGGACGAUCCUCGGAACACAGAUAAUGCGUGGAUAGAGACAGAGGCUGUGAACUACCAUGAUGAAACAGGUGAAAUAAUGGACAGUGUUCCCCUAAGAGCUGGUGAUGAUGCCAAGGAAGUGAAAUGGGUAGACAUUAAUGAUAAGCUCAAGCUUUAUGCCAGCCACUCCCAAUUUAUUCAACUUGUGGCUGAGAAGAGAGGUGCCCACUGGAGUGAGGAGCUGUGACCUGACUGUCAUGGAUGGACAAAGGUGGAUAAGAAACAAAUAGCACAGAAUUUCCACUAAACAGGCCAGGGCGGAUCACCUGUUUGGUAAUCAUUUACCAACUUUGCAUAGUGUGAAAGCUUCAUUAUCAGGGAAUGACAUGAAACAAAUAUGGAAGAGUGGGAUCAUAAUCUUUUGGUUUUCCAGUUAGAACCGGAGAAAUAGAGUCACGUGUUGUAAAUAUGGUUUAAACAAAAGUAUACAAUUAAUGUUCUUUGAAUAAUUGUAGGUAAAAUGAACAUUCAUGUUCUUUGAAGAAUUGUAGGUAAAAUAAAGAUAUUUUCCUUACCAAUUAA